AUGGCCCCUUUGAAAGUUCUGAUCGUCGGCGGAGGUGUUGGAGGUCCCGCUCUGGCCUUCUGGUUGUCUCGUAUUGGACAUGAGGUGGUCAUUGUCGAACGCUUUCCCGCCUUGAGAGCCUCAGGAGCUCAGAUCGAUCUUCGUGGACAAGGAAUCGAAGCGGUGAAGCGCAUGGGACUCAUUGAAGCCAUUCGAAGCAAGCGUGUUGAUGAAGACGGGAUGACCUUUGUCGACAGCGAUGGAAAGGCCAGGGGAACGAUUCUGGCUAAUAAGUCCGGGCAAGGGGCUCAGUCUCUGACGUCUGAGUAUGAGAUUAUGCGAGGAGAUCUCGUUCGGAUCUUCUACGAAGCAACGAAAGACAAGGUACAAUACAUCUUCGGUAAAACGGUCGAUCGCUUCACGCAAGAUGACGAGAAAGUCACCGCUCAGUUCUCAGAUGGCACUACCGAUACAUUCGAUCUGCUUGUUGGGGCUGAUGGUCAGGGCUCACGUAUCCGCAAAGAUAUCCUUCCUCCUGAUGCUCCAGAUCCGUAUCACCCACUGGGGAUACACAUGGCUUAUUGGUUCAUACCCCGGGAAGAAUCCGAUAAUAGCCUUUGCAACUCGUACCUAAGCCCUGGUGGUCGAAUGAUUUUGCGAAGAGCCCACAGUGCCACCGAGGCAAAUGUGUGCUUUUUCCUGAGAUCCGACUCGGAUGAACUGCGAAGCAUUCCGAGGGCGUCAAUUGAACGACAGAAGGAAUUUUGGACACAAAAGUUUCGCAAUGCUGGAUGGCAAACCGAUCGUUUCCUGGCAGGCAUGAAGACAACUGAAAACUGGUUCUGUCUGGACCUUGUCCAGAUCAAAACAGAUACCUGGCACUCUGGGCGUGUGGUGCUUCUCGGUGAUGCGGCACAUUGCCCUUCUCCAUUGACGGGAAUGGGAACGACAAGCAGCUUGAUUGGCGCUUAUGUUUUGGCCGGAGAGAUCGCGCGCAGUACCGAUGAUUUGUCUGGGGCCUUUAGAAACUACGAUGACACGCUUCGACCUUUGAUUAAGGAGGCUCAGCAUGUGAACUUGUCUGCUGUGAGAUAUGCUGUGCCGGAUUCCCAGUGGGCGAUCUCUAUUGUCCAUUUCUUCGUUGGGAUUGCGUGUUUCCUUCGUAUCCCUGAUCUCAUAUCCCGUUUUUCGAGUGAUAAAGAUGGAGGUUGGAAAUUGCCUGAUUAUCCUGAGCUUGAUCCGAUUAAAGAAACUGCUACUUCUUGA